CAGCAGUCUUUGCCAAGGGAGCAUCUCUCGGUUAAUAGUCUCCAAGCCUUGUCCACAAGAGCUCUUCAAUCCAUGUUCUACUCAUUCCUGCUCAAGGAGAUUUUGCAGAAUACAUCUUCCUGCCUUCUGCCUAGCCAUGUUCCCACUGACCAUUCUGCUGCUGGGCAUGUUCCUCUCUUUGAGAGGAAACAGAGCCCAGUCAGUGGUCCAGCCUGAUGCUCACCUCACUGUCUCUGAAGGAGCCUCACUAGAGCUCAAGUGCAGCUAUUCUUACGGUGCAACACCUUACCUCUUUUGGUACGUCCAGUAUCCUGGCCAGAGCCUCCAGCUUCUCCUCAAAUCCGUUGCAAGAGACACUCUCAUUAAAGGCAUCAAUGGCUUUGAGGCAGAGUUUGUGAAAAGUAACUCCUCCUUCAACCUGAGGAAAAACCCAGCCCACUGGAGCGACUCAGCCAAGUACUUCUGUGCUUUGAGUGACACAGCAGGAAAGCUUACCUUUGGACUGGGAACCAAGUUAUCUAUCAAGCCCAGUAACAACACAGGCUUCAAACUUAUCUUUGGGACAGGAACGAGGCUGCUGGUUGAUCCAAACAUCCAGGACCCCAAACCAGCUGUGUACCAGCUAAGAGAUGCUCAGGCCAAGAACAGCACCAUCUGCCUGUUCACCGACUUCGGUUCCCACGUCAACAAGUCAGAGGACGUGCCACCUGAUGUGUUUGUCUCCAAGAACACCGUGCUGGACAUGCGGUCUAUGGAUUCCAAGAGCAAUGGGGCCAUUGCCUGGAGUAACCACAGUAGUUUGAACUGUAAAGACACCUUCGGGCAGAACGCCUUUUACCCCAGCUCAGAUGUUCCCUGUGAUGCCAGGUUGAUAGAGAAAAGCUUUGAAACAGAUAUGAACCUCAACUUUCAAAACCUGUCAGUGAUGGGACUCCGAAUCCUGCUCCUGAAAGUGGCCGGAUUUAACCUGCUCAUGACGCUGCGGCUGUGGUCCAGUUGAGGUUUCCAGACUGAAGGAGGCUGAACUCCCAAGCUCCUUCCUCUUCACCCCUCCUCGCUCUCUUCAAGCGAAAAGGAGCCCGCCCACCUCCUAAAGAAGGCUCUCGGGUCUGAGCAGCUCACAACCCCAUCACCUGGGUCUCCUGAAUCUGUGAUGGAGACCGCUGAAGAGCCGCUGCUACCCUACUUCCUCACUGCUGCCGGCCACUCAAGACAGGCAGGGGCUGCUGCUUCUCCUGGAUGUGAAGACCCUUCACACACACCCCUGCUCGCCGCACCCCCACCCCCGCGACUGCAGCUCCUGGUGAAUGUUGUAAAGAGCGUGUUUUUGGUUUUUGUUCUUUUAAAGCAUCCAGAAAGAAAUGCGCAGUACUCUGUCCUCAAGGUGUAGAAAACUUAACUCCUUGUCUAGACCCUCCCUGCUCCUGUGUGUCUGAGCUGUACUGUACAUCGCUCUGCUGUGCAUGGCUUCAUUAAAGAUGACUCAGAAGA